AUGUCGAGAAUGCACAGUGUGCAGGCUGCUGCGCGCUGCGGGGGCCGCGCCGGGCACCUCUGGCUGCGAACCAGCAGAGAUUCGCCCGCGACGGUGCCGUUCGCGGAGCGCACGUCGGGCUCGCUCCGCGCGCGCAGUCUACACUUCCGCCCCAGCUCUCUCCCGUCGAACGUCGGAGCUGCACGUCACGCGCGUCCUCUGGCAGCUGCGCAGAUUCGAUGGAACGCCGGGAGCCGCGAGGGCGUGCACGCGGCACUGCGUGGCGCAGGGGGGCCGCACGGCCGCGGCCACGCGUCGCCGCUAGGCGACGCGGCCUCCUCGGCCCAGGCCCGGGGCCCGUCGCGCGUCCUCAAGGUGCACGCCUCGAGCGCCGCCAUGUCGGGUCCGGGCGCGGAGGACGAAGCGACGCCGCUCCUCUCUGAACGGCUCCUGUCCUUCGUCAAGGCCCAGCACCUGCCGAUCGGGCUCGUCGCGGCGAUCCUUCUCGGCGCGAGCUUCCCGGCGGCGGGCCAGGUGGCGGCGGACGCCGGGCUGACGAAGCUGAGCACGACGGGGAUCUUUUUGAUCUCGGGUCUGACGCUGCGGGGGUCCGAGGCCAAAACGGCCCUCACGGACGUCAAGUCGAUCGCGUUCGGGCUCAUGUCCGCGCUGGUCGUCACGCCGCUGAUCGGGUCGCUCGUGCUCUCGCUCCCGGUGUCGCCCGUCGAGAUGAAGUACGGCGUCGCGACGUUUGCGUGCAUGCCUACCAGCCUCUCGUCCUGCGUCACAAUGACCGCGGCGUGCGGCGGAAACAGCGCGCUGGCAAUGCUCCUCGUCGUCCUCACGAACACCCUCGGCAUCUUCUCGAUGCCCUACAUCAUCAGCAACAUCAUGGGCUCCGCCACCGGCGUCGCGCUUGACCCGAGCCCGCUGCUCGAGUCGCUGGUGCGCAACAUCCUCGUGCCGUUCGGCAUCGGCGCUGCGAUCCGGCAGACGGUCGCGCCUGCGCGCGAGUGGGUCACGAAGAACAAGCCGAUGGUCGCGUACAUCAGCGCAGCGCUGCUCUGCCUGGUGCCAUGGAUGCAGGUCUCGAAGGCGGCGGCGACGCAGCCGGACAUCUCGGCGAGUGCGUUGUUUGCCACGGCGUGUGCCGGGACGCUGAUGCACGCGGCGUUCCUGGCGUUCAACACCGCGUCGGCGAAGGCGCUGAAUCUGGGCGGCAGCGGGCCGGAGGCGGACAAGAUCAAGCGCGCGAUCAUCCUGACGUGUUCGCAGAAGACCCUGCCUGUUGCCGUCACGACCAUCACGCAGCUGGGCGCGCAGAUGGGCUUCGUGGCGGGCCUCGCCGUCAUCCCCUGCGUGUUCUCGCACUUCGCGCAGAUCUUGAUAGACAGCUUCGUCGUCAGCAAGUGGAACAACGACGACAAGACCAAGGACUCCUAG